AUGCGGCCGCAAGAGGUUAACAAUGAUAACCAGGUACUGCUGUUUCGCGGAACAAUUGUCAUUUGGAAUUACAGUACUCAGUUGUCACUAUAGUUCUUAGCUGCUUCAAUUGCUUAUAACCUUUUAACGAAGAUAGCUAGAGAUGCGCGGUUUUCAGAUUCUGAAACUAGACACUCUGUGAUGUAAACCUAUGAAAAAAUCAGAUCGUCCAAUCACCUUUACCACGGUGUACCAUUCGAGACAAAAUCCAAAAGGUUACUGUUCCCAAACCAC